AUGGCCACCUCCGUGCGCCGCCCCUGCCUGCUCCCCCUCGCCGCCACCGUCAUCCUCCUCUGCGCCCCACCGGCAACAGCCCAACCCCAACGCACGUACGAGCCUUUGUGGUCCGACGAAUACUGGGCCAACGAGAUCGUCGUGGGCGAGGCGGCGGAGGAGGUGGUCAGCGUCGCCGCCAGGCGCGCGGAGGCGGGCGGCUACUCGUACGGCUGCGCCAGGCUGUGGCUCGCCAUGGGCUGCCCUCCCGCUCCCGGCAAGGGCGUGAACGGGAGCCUGGUCGACGGGAGGCGCUCCUACGAUCGCGAGCUGGAUCGCUUCGAGGACGGACUGCGCCAGUGCAUUGACGAUGUGAUCCUCGAACUGCGCCAGUGCAUUGACGAUGUGAUUCCGGAUGAUCCCUACUUGCGCCGCACCGCCCCGACGUCUACUUUCGACCGUCGAUGUUGUCCCUGCUGCUAUUCAUGUGCUCGCUACUACUGA